AAAAAAAAAAAUAUUUCUUUUUAAUUUAAUCUUCAUAUUUAUUUAAUAAUUUCUCCUUUCUUUGUUUUUUUUUAAAAUUCUAUUUUUAAAAAAACAAAAAAAGUCAUGAAUCGAACAAAGGUGACCGUCGCUUGUCAAGCCUGCCAGAAAAAGAAGGUCAAAUGUACGGGUAGCGCACCUUGUACAACGUGCUCAAGAAGUGGCCACAAGUGCAUUUUCUCCAAUAAUGCAAAAAAGCGAGGUCCACGAAACGGUAAUGUGGAGGUCAUUCGAACGUCGGCUCAUAGAUUAAACUGUGUAUUACAGAAACAUCCUGACUUACGCGACCAGAUAAGUCAGAUGUUAGAAAGUAAUGGGAAUAAUGAGAAUAAUAGUAAACAUUCUCGUCAAUCCGGAAAAAGUGGAUUAUAUGCUUAUUUGGUACCCAAAAAACCUGAUAUUCCCAUUAAACCGCAACGUUGUCAAGAUCAGGAGGAUCAUCAAUCUCCUUUCUUCUGUAAACCUAUGCCAGUCUAUCCCUCAAAUAUGCGAAGGGAUCUACCUUCUAAACGAUCCGAUAUUAAUGGAUACACUCCACUCACGUCACAUAAUAUAAGUGAAGUAGUAGCUUCUGCUACUAAAAACACAUCAAUUAAAGAUCUGACGUUGCCCCCCCCUUAUUCUCAGUCUUCUAUGAGAAAAGGAAUGUCAAUGUCAGUUUAUAGUUCUUCCCUAGGAACUCAAUUACUGCUUCCUGCACCUGAUCUAGGAAUAGGAAUGGAUUUCUUACAAAAAUCCCUAAUUUCCUCAUUAAAAAAAAGUAAAGAUGAGGAUCAUGUAUCAACAGAUGGAUCCUUUAAUGUGAAAGAAGAAAAGGAUUCUGUUACCAUUUCUUUACCUUCUUUACCUUCGCCACCUUCAUAUUUAUCAUCGCCAACCUCCACGUACUGCCCCCCUACGCCAACUUCUUCGAGUUCACCUCCUCUAUCUCCUAGAUCCUAUACCGCAAAAAGAUCUUCGAUUCAUCUUUUGUCCAAACCGGCACCUUGGCAUGAUUAUAUGGAGAUCGAUUAUUAAGAAAAGAAAAGUUCGAUUAUAUGACGAAUUUGUGGAGAUAUGUUAUCCAUCAUGAUAACAUAAAUAUCUAUAGUAGACAAAAUAUGAUUAAAAAAAAAAAAGAAUCGGUUUAAUAUUUUAAUAGUGUCAUUCAUAUUGACAUGACAUAAAAAAUUAAUUUAAGGUAAUUUAAUUUUCACACACGCACAAAAAAUUUUUUAUUAAGUUAAAAAUUUUUUUUUUCUUAA